UUAUCUAAUGAUAAAGGCGAAGAAGAAAGAUCGGAUGAAGAGAAUAAAGAACUAUCACAAACCAGUAGUCCGUCACGAACCACGAGUAUUGUCCAAACGUCAAGCGCGAGUAAUGUCCAACGUAUUCUUGAUCAUACGGAAAACUUUAGGUCCUUAGGAGAAUAUUAUGAAACCAUAAUGCAAUUAGAAGAAUCCGAAAUGUUCUCGAUUCGAGUCCACGUUGCAUUGGUUAAUAAUGGUCAUAUACGACUUGGAGUACUAAAACCUUUUUAUAAUGAUCUGGAAAACUCAAUUAUGUAUACUUAUGAUCAAAAUGUUAAAAGCUUUGAUCUACAAUCAGGAAGUUCAGGAAUAGAUAUAGAAAACGCAUUUAAUCUAAUAGUUUAUCUAAGACAGGUGGUUUGUCGUGAUGCUUCAUCCUAG